AGCAAAGAGAGACCAGCGGCCAAGGUUUUCUUCAUCCACAUUACGCUAAAAAUUGGGGGAGAGGCUAAAGGGGAGACAUACUCAUCAGCCCCAUGGUGCCAAUUUAUCUUGUGUUGCAGUGAUUUCUACUCAACUUCCUCGUCAACAAAAUUGCACUAUGGGUCCAGAGAGAGAGCUUAAAAAAAGAUCAGAAACAAAUAUGGAGGCUGAAGCUAGUAAGGCUUGUGGAAAUUUUGAUCAAGAACUCGAAGAUAAACUUUUGAAGUUUACAGUCAACCAUGAGGAUAUCCAGAAAAUGGAAACUCCCUUGGUUGAGCAAACUGAGGAAGCUGAUGUGGAAGUCGAUGUAACGGAGUGUACAAAUUCUGGUGGCAAUGGAAUCUCUGAGGUGGAACACCACGAUACAACUGAAAACUCAAGUUCUUUUGAUGACAGUGAUUCUGAAAUCGAGAAUGCUAAUAUUGAAGUGUCACAUUUUCAUGAUGGAGCUCCAUCAGGACUGGAUUUUGAUGGAUUUGGUGAAAUAUUUAGGAUGGGGAAGAAAAAAGUGACAACUCAUUGGAGGUCAUUUAUUCAACCUCUUGUGUGGCGUUGUAAAUGGGCUGAAUUACAAAUUAAGAAGUUCCAGUCUCAAGCACAAGAAUAUGACAGAAAACUUGCAGAAUAUACACAACAAAAGCAGCUGCAAUCUCAGAACUUGACAUUGGAAGAUGGUGUGAAAUCAUUCCCUUUCUCCUGUAACAAUGUGAGAAGUAAGGUCCUCAAGCGUAAGAAAAGAAGAACUGAAGAAACAACAGAUGUAGCAGCGUAUAUGUCACGUCAUAGCCUUUUUUCUUAUUAUGAUAAUAAGAAGUCUUUCACUGAGGUUGCUGUGAUGGAAGAUGACUGGAGAAAUCCAGCAAUAGCUACUGAGAGAAUCAACUUUGAUGAUGACUUUUGGGCAAACGAUGAAAUGCAAUGGCUUGAGUCCAGAGACAGUGUUAAUUCCUGGGAACAUAUACUUAGGAAGAUUGGAUAUUUACAGUCACAAGUUGCCCAGAUGAAGAGUAGAGUUGACAAGGUAAUGAGUGAAGAUGUAGGGAAGUAUUCUUCCGCAGAUGACUUGAGCCUUCUUAUGCCAUCUAAUGCUUUGAUUGGUUCUCCUCGAAACACUGCUUCUCUUUCAAACAAUGGGGACAGAAUGCCUGUAGGAAGUUAUAUUACAUCUCAGCUUCUAUCGGAGUACAAUAUGGGUGACAUUGUUAAGCGUGAAACUUCAGGUUUAAGCCUUGGAGAUCUUCCUGAUGUAAUUGAAAGCACUGAUCAGUCCGUUCUUGGAGAUUUGUGCAAAACUUGAAACACCAAGAAAAUGCGUAGAAGUGAUUUUGGCUGAAGAUUAUCUGCUUAUUGAUAAUACGAGAGUGAAGGAAGAGAUGAAUAAUUUCGAGGAAGUCGAGAUUCAGGCUAUCCAAAAGCCUUUGGUACUGAAUGAUGGGUCAGGUAGCACCAUCCCUCCACUUCCUGCAGACGCUGAUCAGGCCAAUGAUGAUCAACCACCACCAAAACUGCGUUCUAUUUCAAAGCUAACUGCUCCUAAAACCAGAAGGAAGAGGGGAAAACGAAAAGGUUCUGGUCAGUGGAAACGAAGAUCCUCAGAUUAGAUGCCUAAUAUUUGGUGACAGUAUUUUCUCUCAGAUCAAAAAGUUUGGAAGACACAGGAUAUUGAUGUUAAUUGCCUUUGUGACCGAAGAAAUUUGUUGAGUGUACUUCAACCUACCAAAAGAUCCACAUCUUGUCUCCUUGGAAAUGACAGUAUACAAUUCUCCUUUCUAGUAUGUACGUGCCGAAGUUGCUCUAUCUUGCUGUGUAUAUCUGUUGGUAAAUAUGAAUGCUUGAUGAAAUUAAACAAUUGCGAAUAGUUUCCAUAGACAUGGAAAAUUUUCUGAAUAAUAAAUUACAUUUAUUUGCA